CUCACUAUGGAUUAUAGUAAUAGGAUUGAGCAGAUCCAUUCGUCCGUUCAGAGGGGAAUUGACAACUACAAUAAAGAACUAGGCAGUGAUUGGAUAUUUGCUCUGUACAAGAUCCCUGGUUUCACGGCAAAAGCCGAGUCAGAUCCCGAGUUUGUUCAUUUCUUUAUCAAGGAGACCGAUUGCCUAAAGUCCGAGAAUAAAAAGAUUGAAGAAUGUGCCUUUCAAGAUAAAGGGGAGGAACACUGCUCUGUGGCCGUCUCUGCAAAGGAAGAUAUGAACUCUGUGCCUGUGUGUAAUAACGACAUGAUUGCGGUACCACGGGGAAGAAAAGUAUUGGGAAGAAUCUAUUGUUCCAGACCAGGUUCAUGUUCACCUUUUUAAAGACACUCGGCCAAAUAAUAAAAAGAAAUAACAAUAAUAAUAAUAAAAUAUAUGUGCUACAGUUA